GCCGUGGUGGCGGCGGCGGCGGCCGCGGAGCCCUGAGCACCCGCCGGGCAGCGCGGCUGCGAGCCGCCCCCCAGCCCGAUCUGCAGCCGAGGCGGCGAGCGCGGAGCCGCGGCGGCCAUGGGCAACGAGGCGAGCCUGGAAGGAGGCGAAGGGAUGGGCGCCUUCCCCGAAGGGGCGGCGGCGGCCGGGGAUGGCGGCGGCCCCGCGGCCCCCUUGCAGCGCCUGGUCCCGGCCGGGGUGGAGGCGGACCUGAGCCAGCUGAGCGAGGAGGAGAGGAGGCAGAUCGCCGCUGUCAUGUCAAGGGCGCAGGGGCUGCCCAGAGGGAACCUCGCCGGCACGGAGCCGCCUCUCAUGCAAAGACCUCCUGAGCCUGAUACAAGCCACCGUCCCAGACAACCAGGUAAACCUCCAGAUCCAGGACAACCAGGUUUAAGUAAAAGCAGAACAGUUGAUGUGCUGAAGACAGAACAACGGGCACCUGGACGGAGCCCUUCUACUCUUAGUCUACGGGAAUCAAAGUCCAGAACUGAUUUUAAAGAAGAUCAGAAGCCAAGUAUGAUGCCCAGUUUUCUCUCAGAAGCCAAUCCACUGAGUGCAGUCACUUCAGUUGUGAACAAAUUCAAUCCUUUUGAUUUGAUAUCAGAUUCAGAUGCAGCCCAUGAAGAAGCCAGUAGGAAACAAAAAGUUACCCCAAAAGAGCAAGGGAAACCUGAGGAUCAGAGGGGCCCUGCAAAACAUCCAACUCAACCACAGUCUCCAAAGCCAGCUGUUCAACAACAAGGACCUGUCAGACCUACCCCGCAGCAAACUGAGUCUUCCAAACCAGUGCCUCAGCAGCAGCCUGGGGAACCAAAGCAAGUUCAGAAACCAGGCCAUGGCCACCCAGCAGAUGCUAAGCAAGAGCAAGCGAAACAACCGCCCCAGCCACGAGGACCACAAAAAUCUCAGCCCCAACAGCCAGAUCCAACGAAGCCUGUUCAACAACAAACUUCUACAAAACCUUCACCAGGCCCAACAAAACCCUCCCCACAGCAAUCAGACAGCACUAGAGCGACGUCCCAAGCACCACCUCCCACAAAACCCUCAUCGCAGCAGCCGGGACCUGUAAAACAACCAUCUCAACAGCCGGCUCGGCAAGGAGGUCCUGCAAAACCACCGUCCCAGCAAGCAGGGCCUCCAAAACAGCCUUCUCAGCAACCUGGACCCGAAAGACCAUCUGCUCAGCAAACGGGACCUGCAAAACAGCCACCACAGCCUGGAUCUGGGAAGCCACCUCCACAGCAAACAGGGCCUGUAAAACAAGUGCCACCGCAGGCAGGGCCUACAAAAUCACCUUCUCAGACUGCAGGGACCACAAAGCCCCCGGCACAGCAACCAGGACCUACAAAACCACCUGGCCAGCAACCAGGGCCGGACAAGCCCCCGCAGCAAAAGCCAGCUGGUGCCAGCCAACCCCCUGAGUCCGCCCCAAAGAAAACCUUCUGCCCUCUUUGCACAACCACCGAGCUGCUGCUGCACACCCCAGAAAAGGCCAACUACAACACGUGCACCCAGUGUCACACUGUAGUCUGCAGCCUGUGUGGAUUCAAUCCUAACCCUCAUAUCACAGAGAUCAGUGAAUGGCUCUGUUUAAACUGCCAGAUGCAAAGAGCAUUAGGAGGUGACCUAGCACCAGGUCAUGGUCCCGGGCCACAGCCACCUCCACCCAAACAGAAGACACCCAUUCCACCUUCAGCAGCUAAACCAUCCCCCCAGCCACAGCCAGUUCAAAAGAAAGAUGUUUCUCCCAAACCUGAUCCUUCGCAGACAGCAGAAUCCAAAAAAACCCUUCCACAGAAAAAGCAACCGUCCUUGCCUGGGUCUCCCCCUGUAAAAUCGAAACAACCCCACACAGAGCCCACUGAGACAUCCCAGAAAACAGAUGCUACUCCAAAGUCUGAUCAGGUCAAGCCAACGCAGGCUGAGGAUAAGCAAAAACAACCCAGUGCGGAGAAGCCUGUGGCGGACACUUUGCCUACUUCUGCAGUACCAGGGCAGAAACAGGACUUGGCAGGUCCCAAACCGCCACCAACUCAACAGAAAGUGACAGAUUCCCCAAAGCCAGAACCUGCCAAGCCGUCACAGGACACACGUCCAGCUGGGGAUAAGCCAGAUUCCAAACCUGUUCCACAGGUGUCUCGGCAGAAGUCAGACCCCAAGCUUGCGUCUCAGCCUGCGGCUAGACCAGAUGCUAAAACUCAAAAGCCUGUUGAGCCAACACAAACAAAAGAUGAUCCUAGAAAGUUACCAACAAAACCAGCCCCAAAGCCUGAUAGCAAACCAGCUCCCAAGGGCCCACAAGCAGGGGCAGGACCCAAGCCAGUGCCAGCACAGCAGCAACCUCAGAAAACUCCAGAGCAAUCAAGGCGUUUCAGCCUUAAUCUGGGAGGCAUCACCGAUGCCCCUAAGCCUCAGCCUACAACACCACAAGAAACAGUUACUGGGAAACUCUUUGGAUUUGGAGCUUCAAUCUUCAGCCAGGCCUCAAAUUUAAUUUCCACAGCGGGUCAGCCGGGGUCUCAGACAUCAGCCCCACCUGCUCCUGCAGCAAAGCAGCCCCAGCCUCCGUCACAGCCUCCAGCCCCUCAGGCAGCCCCCAAAGAGGCUGGUCAGGCUCAGCCUCCUCCAAAAGCUGUUCCUGCAAAGAAAGAAGCCAAGCCUCUUACGACUGAGAAACCGGAGCCAUCAAAAGCGGAUAGUGUUUUAACAACUAAAGGAUCUGGUUCAGAGAAGAAAAGUGGUUUGGCUAAAGACAGUAAGCCUGAGGCUGCUGAAGCUAAGAAACCUGCUGGGCUGUCGGAACCAGAGAAAGCCAGCCAGCCUGAAGCAUCUUGUCCCCUUUGUAAAACUGGACUAAAUAUUGGUUCUAAGGAUCCCCCCAACUUUAAUACCUGUACAGAGUGCAAGAAGGUUGUGUGCAAUCUCUGUGGAUUUAACCCAAUGCCGCACAUAGCUGAGGUACAGGAAUGGCUGUGCUUAAACUGCCAGACCCAAAGGGCAAUGUCAGGACAACUUGGAGAUAUGGGCAAGGUGCCACUUCCAAAAACAGGCCCUUCACAACCAGUAUCCAAACCACCUGCUACUCCUCCAAAACAGCCUAUGCCUGCUGUCUCACAUUCUCCUCAGAAGACUUCCACACCUCCUACUCCAGCAGCAGUGAAGCCGAAAGAAGAACCAGGCAUUCAGAAGGAAGCUCCAAAACUUCAGCAGGGGAGGCUGGAAAAAACAUUGUCAGCUGAUAAAAUCCAACAAGGGAUUCAAAAGGAAGAUGCAAAACUUAAGCAGGGAAAACUUAUCAAGACACCCUCAGCUGAUAAAAUCCAGCGUGUUUCUCAGAAGGAAGACCCAAGGAUUCAGCAAACAAAGCUGACAAAGGCAGCCUCAUAUGAUAAAGUUUUGCAUGAAGUUCAGAAGGAGGAUGAAAAACUUCAAGAAGCAAAACUGGCAAAAACAUCCUCAGCUGAUAAAAUUUUGCAUGGAAUUCAGAAGGAAGACAUAAAACUUCAAGAGGCAAAAUUGGCAAAAGUGCCCUCGGCUGACAAAAUUUUACAGGGAAUUCAGAAAGAAGACCCAAAACUCCAACAGAUGAAAAUGGCAAAGGCACUGUCAGCUGACAAAAUCCAACAUGCAGCUCAGAAGGAAGAUGCACAACUUCAGGAAAUCAAAAUGCCAAAGGCAGUUUCGGUUGAUAAAAUCCAACAUGGGAUUCAGAAAGAAGAUCCAAAACUUCAGCGUGAGAAAAUUAUGAAAACUUCAUCAGUGGAGAAAAUCCAAGAGGAAGAUCAAAAAGAAGAAACAAAAAUUCAGCAAGAGAAACUGUCCAAGACACCUUCAACAGAUAAAAUUCCUGUAACAGUAAGUUCAGACCAAAAGAAACUGCUAAGCACCUUGGAAGGAGAUAAAAAACCUGUGCUCCCAGAAACGAGCACACCACAUCCAGAGGACAAAAAAGGAGAAAUUAGAGCUGAGAUUAAAGACCAUGUUACUGAACAGAAAGAAGUUGAAGCACCUUCUAAGGGACUGCAAGCUAAGGAACAAGAGGAUUUUAAGAAAGAAGAUUUGGCAACUGGGAUUUCACAAACAGUUUCGGAAGCUGAAAAGGCUCAGGAAGAAGAAAUUCCUGUUCAAACAACACCUUUGCCAGGAGCCGACCACGUGGAAGCAGCACGAGAAAAAAUAGAAAAGGAGGAUGAAAAAUCAGACACAUCAAGCUCUCAGCAACAGAAAAGUCCACAAGGUCUGAGUGACACCGGGUAUUCUUCUGACGGGAUAUCAAGUUCACUUGGUGAAAUUCCAAGUAUUAUCCCCACUGAUGAAAAGGAUUUACUCAGAGAAACUAAUAAAAAAGACACAAUUUCUCAAGAAAGUCCACCAAGCCCCUCAGAUCUAGCUAAACUGGAAAGUACUGUACUUUCAAUUUUGGAAGCUCAGGCAAGUACUCUUUCUGAUGAAAAAUCUGCAAAAAGCAAAGAGCUUUCUGAAACAUAUGGUGAACAGACAAAAGAUCAACAUAAAGCAAAGCCUUUGCCAGUCACUCCAGAAUCUUACAGUUCAGAGGAGGAAGACUUAGAAGCUAUUAAAAAAAGUGAAGGAACCAUCGUAGAAGAGGGGAAAGGAAGUGCUGCCUCCCAGGCAGACUACAAGGAGGAACGUGAAGGAGAUGAUGUAUCAGCAAGAAGACAACGCUAUGACUCUGUGGAAGACAGCAGUGAGAGUGAAAACUCACCUGUCCCAAGGAGAAAAAGAAGAACUAGUGUUGGCUCUUCAAGCAGUGAUGAGUACAAACGAGAUGACAGCCAGGGAUCAGGUGAUGAGGAAGACUUCAUUAGAAAACAGAUUAUGGAGAUGAGUGCUGAUGAAGAUGCUUCAGGUUCUGAAGAUGAUGAGUUCAUCAGAAAUCAACUCAAAGAGAUCAGUGCAGCUGAAAGCCAAAAGAAAGAAGAAAUGAAAAGCAAAGCCAAAGGAACAACUGGAAAACACAGAAGAAUGGCACGGAAAAGUAGUGCAGGCUAUGAUGAGGAUGCAGGAAGAAGACAUUCAUGGCACGAUGAUGAUGAUGAAACUUUUGAUGAAAGCCCAGAGCCAAAAUACAGGGAAAGUAAAAGUCAAGACAGUGAAGAACUUACAGUAACUGGAGGAGGAGGCCUUCGACGUUUCAAAACAAUAGAAUUAAAUAGUACAGUAACAAGCAAAUAUUCUGAAGUAUCUGAACAACAGAAAGGUAUUUUAUAUUUUGAUGAAGAGCCUGAGCUAGAGAUGGAGAGUCUUACAGAUUCACCAGAAGAUAGAUCCAGAGGAGAAGGAUCUUCUAGUUUACAUGCUUCUAGUUUCACACCAGGUACAUCUCCUACUUCAGUGUCAUCACUUGACGAAGAUAGUGACAGCAGUCCUAGUCACAAAAAACUGGGAGGUGAGAGCAAACAACAGCGCAAAGCCAGACACCGGACACAUGGUCCUCUUCUUCCAACUAUUGAAGACUCUUCAGAAGAAGAAGAACUACGGGAAGAGGAAGAACUUCUAAAGGAGCAAGAGAAACAGCGUGAAUUAGAACAGCAACAAAGAAAAAGUUCUAGCAAAAAAUCCAAAAAGGACAAGGAUGAACUAAGAGCCCAGAGAAGAAGGGAACGUCCCAAGACUCCACCAAGUAAUCUUUCUCCCAUUGAAGAUGCGUCUCCAACAGAAGAAUUACGACAGGCAGCAGAAAUGGAAGAGCUGCACAGAUCUUCCUGUUCUGAAUAUUCACCCAGUAUUGAGUCAGAUCCUGAAGGAUUUGAAAUCAGCCCAGAAAAAAUAAUAGAAGUACAAAAAGUUUACAAAUUGCCUACUGCUGUCUCUCUAUACUCGCCAACAGAUGAAAAACCAAUUGGACUCCCAAAAGAAGAAAGUGGUCAAAAGACAUUGAAAAGUGCUGAAGAGGUAUAUGAGGAGAUGAUGCAUAAGUCCAAAUCAUUUCAGAUUGCAAAUGAAAAAGAUGAAAUAUUUGAAAAAGAAUCUUUAUAUGGUGGAAUGCUUAUAGAGGAUUAUAUUUAUGAAUCUUUAGUAGAGGAUACUUACAAUGGAAGUAUUGAUACUAGUCUUGUCAUGAGACAAGAUGAGAGCAGUGAAUAUAUGCAACAGAAAGGAAAAGAGAAAAAACCAAGAGCUUCAGAACAGGUCUAUGAUGAACCACAGAAAGUUACUGAUCUAGAGAAAGACUACUAUAGUGUUGAGACUUUACAUACUAUUGUGCCUCAAGAAGAUAUUGUUUCUAGUUCUUACAUUAUCCCAGAAAGUCAUGAAAUAGUUGUAUUAGACAGCACAGUAACUUCUGCCGCCGAGGAAAAGCACUUGUUAGAUGCAGAAGCUGCUUAUGAAGAGCUUAUGAAAAGACAGAAAAUGCAGCUAACCCCUGGCUCCAGUCCAACACAACCAACUUCAGAUUUCAUUCCCACAUCUGAUACAAAGGUAUCUGGUGUUGGAGAGAUAGUGGAUAGUACAUCUUUAACAUCAAGCACUACUUCAGCAAUCUCAGAUGUAUCACCUGUCAGUAGCACAACACUUUCUAUUCCAGAUGUUAAAAUAACACAGCAUUUUACAGCAGAAGAAAUUGAAGAUGAAUACUUAACAGAUUAUGCCAGAGAAAUUCAAGAAAUAAUUUCUCAUGAAACAUCAAUAUUGACAUACUCUGAGACAUCUGAAGUUGCUGCAUCAGUUUUGCCUUCUGAUACAGCUUCCUUAACAUCAUCUACAUCUUCAGUUUGUACCACAGAUAGUUCAUCACCUAUAGAUAGUGCAACCACGGGUUUUGUUGGUGCAGCAGAUGCUGUAAGUAAACCAGCAGAUGCUGAAGGUAUCAGUAUAAUAACCCAGGUUCCCCUAACAUCUCCAAAAGAGUACUCUGAAGUGAGCAUGCCUUAUGAAUCUAUUGAUGGAGCCACUAAAAAGCCUUCCAUAGCAUCAGAUAAGGAGAGUGUGGAUCAAGCUGCAGUUUGUUUGCCUGAAACUACACCUUCAUUAGUGACAACUACAGUUACAAAACCCGAGGAAUAUGUGGCUGAUACUGUUUCCUUUGAUACCUCCAAAGCAGAGAAGGAAGCAGCUAGAAAAAUGAAAAGUACAAUAGAGGCUGGCAGUGUCAAAAUGCAUCAUGAAGAGCCACACAAAGAAUUAGGUGUUGAUAAGGCAAGGAUUGAUUUGACUAGUGUUACAUCUGAGCAACCACCCAUAUCUAUAGCAUCAUUACAAGUUACAGAGCCUGCAUCAGAAACAUCUUCUGUACCCACUCCCAGUGUUGUAAGUAAGACCAGCAUGGUCUCUGUGCCUUCCUCAGCUCCUGCUGUUUCAGCCAAAGUAUUCUCUCUUUUUAGAAGCUCUUCUUUGGAUUCCUCUGCACAACCUUCUCCACCCCCACCUCCUCCUCCUCCACCACCACCACCACCUCCACCACCAUUACCACCUCCACCUAUUUUACCCAAGCCAGCCAUUUAUCCCAAAAAGAAGUCACAGAUUAAGAUUGCAGCAGCAACAGCUCCCACAGCGGUCCCUCCAGUCACAACUGUUCCAGCACUAGAGUCCACAACUGUGUUAAAGAAUCAUGUGGUACCUAUCACAAAAACAUACACCCCAACACCACCUCCUGUACCACCUAAACCAUCCUCCAUCCCAGCAGGGCUUGUUUUCAGUCACAGGCCCACUGAAGUAACUAAACCUCCAAUUGCUCCUAAACCAGCAGUACCUCCACUCCCAAUAGCUGUUCAUAAGCCAGCAGAAACACAGCCCAAACCAGUAAGUUUGUCAUUGACUUCAGGUAUGACUCUGAAUUUGGUCUCCACAACUGAAUACAAAAUUCCAUCUCCCACUUCCCCUUUGUCUCCACACUCUAACAAAUCUUCACCAAGGUUGGCAAAACCCUCACAGGAAACCUAUGUUGUCAUCACGUUGCCAUCAGAGCCUGGAACUCCCACAGAAGCUAUAACUAGUCAGGCUGUUACCAGCUGGCCUUUAGAAGCACCUCCUAAAGAACACGUUCCCCAGCCUAUGCAACCAGUUUUUACUUCGCCCAUGAAAACUAUGGACAUUCAAAGUAUGGCAGGUCAGAGUAUGUAUAUUUCAGGUGCUUUGCAAGCUAUUCCUGUGACAACAAAAUCGACUUUCGAAAAAAUACCUAGUUCAAAACCAGAAGUAGUAACCACAGAGGUAACCAAGACCACAGUGUCUGUGGUUAAGGGUCCAGUGCCUGGUUAUGGUUUAGGUAGUGUUGCUAUUACUAUACCUCCAGAGCCACUGCAUAUAGUAGAUCAACCCAGAUAUAGAGAGAAUGGAAGAUUCCAUCCUUUGGGUGAUGUCAUAGAUCUUCGCACUUUAACUAAGAUGGAUGUUGAAAUGAGAGACAGCUGUAUGGAUCUGUCUGCUGUUUCCGUAGAUGUGAGAAGGCAGAUGCCAGUGACUGACACAGGUGGGCGCCCAGUAAGUACUGUCCAGCCAUCCAUAAUAAACCUGAGCACUGCGUGUGUUGCUGAACCUUCCCUGUCUGUAGUCACUGGGACAGUAACUGUAGUGACCUGCACUGCCACUGUGUGCUACACCACCAGUACAGACAGCCUUGUGGAUCUGGGACACGCAAUGACAACACCGCUCCAGCUGACAACAUCAAAACAUUUUGAGCCUCCAUACAGGGUAACAAGCAGCCAGGCUUUCUCUGCCGGUAGAGAUGAAGUGCCAAUAAAUUUAUCCCUAGGUACUUCAACACAGGCAGUAACAUGGGCUACUACAAAGCCUGUUACUGUACCACCCAUUGGUGUUACAAAUGGUUGGACUGAUCUCUCCACUUCUCAGGAGCCAACAGAGAGUGAAGCAGUUGACCUUAGCACUACAAAAUCCCACAGAACAGUAGUAACAAUGGAUGACACUACUUCAGGUAUCGUAACAACAGUAAUAGAAGAUGAUGAAAAGCCUGUAGAUCUGACUGCAGGGAGAAGAGCUGUCUGCUGUGAUAUGGUUUAUAAAUUGCCAUUUAGGAGCUGUGCAGCACAGCAGCCACCUACUACACUUCCUGAAGAUCGCUUUGGCUACAGAGAUGACCAUUAUCAGUAUGAUCGUCCGGGGUCAUAUGGCUACCGAGGAAUGGGAGGUAUGAAACCAUCUAUGUCUGACACAAAUUUAUCAGAAGCUGGACUGUUUGCAUAUAAAAGCAAGAAUAGCUUUGAUUAUCGAGUUGGGGCAACUGAUACAGCAGUAGAUCUUACUUCUGGAAGAGUAACUACAGGUGAGGUUAUGGAUUACUCAAGCAAGACUACUGGUCCAUAUGCAGAGACUCGGCAGGUGAUUUCUGGCCUCGGGCUCAGUGCACCACAAUAUUCCCAAGCAAGAAUGGUAUCAUCUCUGGGUUCCCAGUUUGGCGUUGGAAGUGUUUUAAGGUCAUCCAAUGGUGUUGUUUAUUCUUCAGUAGCUACUCCAAUCCCAUCCACAUUUGCCAUCACUACACAACCUGGUUCUAUUUUCAGUACAACUGUCAGAGAUUUACCUACUCUCCAAACAAUUGACUCGGUGCCUUCUUUGUCAACUUUGCAACAGAGUCAACCUCUCCCAAGAUCAUACAGUUUCUUAACAACUGUGGCAGCUGAAAAAGACAGUGCAAUUACUGCCAUUGAUAUGGAUACAAGGUUGCCACCUCAUACUAUAGAAACUAUUACCACUGAGCCAACAAGCUUGAUACCUACUUUAACUACAGCAUCUGAAGUUUAUACAGAUGUAAUUGAUGAUGAGGUUGCCCUUCUCAUUGCCCCUGAAGAAGGCAAACAGCAGCAGCUUGAUUUGGAGCGGGAACUUCUUGAGCUUGAGAAAAUUAAGCAGCAGCGCUUUGCAGAAGAGCUGGAAUGGGAACGUCAGGAAAUUCAAAGAUUUAGGGAACAAGAAAAGUUUAUGGUGCAAAAAAAGCUUGAGGAGUUGCAAUCUAUGAAACAUCAUCUCUUAUUUCAGCAGGAGGAGGAACGACAAGCUCAGUUUAUGAUGAGACAAGAGACAUUAGCCCAGCAGCAGUUGCAGCUUGAACAAUUCCAACAACUUCAACAGCAGCUCCACCAACAAUUAGAGGAGCAAAAACUUCGUCAGAUAUAUCAGUAUGGUUAUGACCCUUCAGGAACUGGCUCGCCGCAGACUACCACAGAUCAAACACUUCUGGAAGGACAGUAUGCAACCCCAGAAAAUGGUCAGUUCUGGCCCACUGAUGAUGCAACCACUACAGCUUCAGGAGUGCUGGGUAUUGAAAUUCCACAAAGCCAAGCAUGGUAUUCAGUUCAGUCUGAUGGCGUUACCCAAUACAUACCUAGGUCUGGUAUCCUAAGCUCAGUUUCAGAAAUGUCUCUGAAGGAUAUUGAUGUUAGAGAGGAGAAGCAACUGAAAAAGAGAAGUUCUAUGCCAAAAUUACGUGGUCCAUAUGAGGAGUUUGAGGAGACUCUGGAAGAAGAGCCCCGGUGCUUCAAAAAGAUAGUGGACAGUGGAGUCCAAACUGAUGAUGAAGAUGGAGCAGACAGAGGUUACACAAACAGGAGACGGAGAAGUAAGAAGAGUGUUGAUACAAGUGUUCAGACAGAUGAUGAAGAUCAAGAUGAAUGGGAUCUUUCUAACAAAUCCAGAAGGAAGCCUCGUAUAGGGAAAUACAGCGAGAGUACCACUGAGGCAGACAAAGCUAAACCAUUCUCCAAAGUCUCUAGUAUUGCAGUUCAGACAGUGGCAGAGAUUUCCGUACAAACAGAACCUGUAGGAACAAUAAGAACACCUUCAAUCAGGGCCCGAUUGGAUGCUAAGGUUGAAAUCAUAAAGCACAUUUCAGCUCCAGAAAAGACAUAUAAAGGAGAAAGUUUGGGAUGUCAAACAGAGACAGAGUCAGAUACUCAGAGUCCCCAGUAUCUGUCAGCUUCAUCUCCUCAGAAAGAUAAAAAACGCCCAACACCAUUAGAGAUAGGAUACUCAACCCACCUUCGUCCAGACUCCACAUUGCAGGUAGUCCCUUCCCCUCCCAAAUCUCCCAAAGUUCUCUAUUCACCCAUUUCACCCGUUUCACCAAGCAAAGUUAUAGAGUCAGCAUUUGUACCCUAUGAAAAACCCAUCACUGAUGACAUCAGCCCUCAGAAGAUGCUGCAUGCUGACAUUGCCAAGGUUCCUCCAAGCCCAAAGGCGGCAAAGAUGAUGCAACGCUCUAUGUCUGAUCCUAAGCCCCUGAGUCCCACAGCAGAAGACAGUUCCAGAGCUCAGUUUCAGUACACUGAGGGUUUUAUGUCAAAAGGUCCUUCAAGCAUAACUCCAUCAGGCACUCAGAAGAAGGUGAAGAGGACUCUGCCCAACCCACCUCCAGAGGAAGCAACGGCAGGAACUCAGUCCCCAUAUACUUCUGUGGGAUCAGUUUCGCGGAGAAGGAUUUGUAGGACCACCACUAUGGCCAGAGCCAAAAUUCUUCAGGAUAUAGACAGGGAGUUGGAUCUGGUCGAACGUGAAUCAGCCAAGCUUAGGAAGAAGCAAGCAGAGCUAGAUGAGGAGGAAAAAGAAAUAGAUGCCAAGCUGAGAUACUUGGAAAUGGGCAUUAAUAGGAGGAAAGAAGCCCUGCUAAAAGAAAGAGAAAAGAGAGAGCGUGCCUAUCUCCAAGGAGUAGCAGAAGAACGUGAUUAUAUGUCAGACAGUGAAGUUAAUAAUACCAGGUCAACCAGAAUAGAAACUCAGCAUGGCUUGGAAAGACCACGUACUGCACCCCAGACAGAAUUUAACCAGUUUAUGCCACCACAAACCCAACCAGAAACACAGUUUGCCCCUGCUACAAGCCCAUAUGCUCAAUAUCAGUAUUCAUCUCCUGCCCUGCCAACUCAAGCACCAACUCAGUUCACACAGCAAUCACAUUACCAGCAACAGCAGCCUUUGUAUCACCAGCAGGUUUCACCUUAUCAGACCCAGACAGCUUUCCAAACAGGAGCCACUAUGUCCUAUACUCCACAGGCUCAACCUCCACCAUCUCAACAGCCAUCAUACCAACUCUCAUCACAGAUGAUGGUGAUACAGCCAAAGCCAAGACAGACCACAUUAUAUUUGGAGCCUAAGAUAACAACAAACUAUGAUGUAAUUCGCAAUCAGCCUCUCAUGAUAGCACCAGUUUCAACUGACAAUAGUUAUGCAGUUUCCCAGCUGGGCAGUAAAUACUCUACUUUGGACUUAAGGAUAGGACUAGAUGAGAGAAACAGCAUAGCAAGCAGCCCUAUCUCAAGCAUAUCUGCAGAUUCGUUCUAUGCAGAUAUAGAUCACCACCAUACACCCCGAAAUUAUGUGCUGAUUGAUGAUAUAGGAGAACUUACUAAAGGAACAGGAGCACUCGGUUCCAGUUUUAGCCUCCAUGAGAAAGAUCUGACCAAAACAGAUCGACUGCUUCGCACAACUGAAGCCAGGAGAGCACAAGAGGUGUCAGACUUCCUAGCACCACUGCAGACUUCCUCUAGGUUACAUUCCUAUGUUAAAGCUGAUGAAGACCCAAUGGAGGACCCCUAUGAGCUCAAACUUCUAAAACACCAGAUAAAGCAAGAAUUCCGUAGAGGUGCAGAAAGUCUUGAUCAUCUGGCUGGCCUGUCACAGUAUUACCACGGAGAGGGCAGCUACAGGCAUUUUCCAAAAUCUGAGAAAUAUAGCAUAGGCAGGCUUACUCUUGAGAAACAGGCUGCUAAGCAGCUCCCAGCAGCCCUCCUUUACCAGAAGCAGUCAAAACAUAAGAAAGCUUUGAUAGACCCCAAACUAACAAAGUUUUCACCUAUCCAAGAAAGCAGAGACCUUGAGCCUGACUAUUCAAGUUAUAUGACUUCUAGCACUUCAACACUUGGGGGAAUUACUACUAGGGCAAGGCUUCUUCAGGAUGAUAUUACUUAUGGCCUUAGAAAAAACAUCAGUGACCAACAGAAAUACAUGGGGCCACCACUGACGUCCUCCAUUGGAGCAGGCCUUGGGACUGCACUAGGUCCAACAAUGAGAUCCACUCUACAAGAUGAAGCAGACAAGUCUUAUAGCAGUGGUAGUAGAUCUAGGCCCUCAUCUAGACCCUCCUCAGUGUAUGGGCUCGAUCUGUCAUUGAAAAGGGAUUCUUCCAGUUCUUCUUUAAGACUGAAAGCCCAAGAAGCUGAACCCUUAGAUGUUUCCUUUAGCCAUGCAGCACCUUCUGGAAGAACUAAACCUACCAGUCUACCUAUUAGCCAAAGCAGGGGAAGGAUCCCAAUAGUAGCACAGAACUCAGAGGAGGAGAGCCCACUUAGUCCUGUUGGACAGCCAAUGGGAAUGGCAAGAGCAGCAGCUGGACCCUUGCCACCAAUAUCUGCAGAUACCAGGGACCAGUUUGGAUCAAGCCAUUCAUUACCUGAGGUCCAGCAGCAUAUGAGGGAGGAGUCACGGACUCGAGGCUAUGAUCGAGAUAUAGCCUUCAUCAUGGAUGACUUCCAGCAUGCCAUGUCAGACAGUGAAGCCUACCAUCUCCGUCGAGAAGAAACAGAUUGGUUUGACAAGCCCAGGGAGUCUCGUUUGGAGAAUGGACACAUCCUCGACAGAAGGCUGCCAGAGAAGUUGGCCCACUCUCGACCACUAAGUCAACACCAAGACCAAGUAAGCUGUCAAAUAAAUGGGAAGCCCCUGCAGUACAUUUUCCCUCAUACAAGGCUCAAACUACUGAGAGACCCAAAGGAUCACACAGUUUCAGGCAACGGACUGGGAAUCCGAGUUGUAGGUGGAAAAGAAAUUCCAGGGAGCAGUGGGGAAAUUGGAGCUUACAUUGCCAAGAUAUUGCCUGGGGGCAAUGCAGAGCAGACGGGGAAGUUAAUAGAAGGAAUGCAGGUGUUGGAAUGGAAUGGCAUCCCCUUGACUGGGAAGACUUAUGAAGAAGUCCAGAGCAUUAUUAUUCAACAGAGUGGGGAAGCAGAAAUAUGUGUAAGACUGGACCUGAACAUGCUCUCGGACUCUGAGAACCCCCAGCACCUGGAGCUGCAUGAGCCAGUAAGAGCAGUAGAUAAAGCGAAGUCCCCGGGGGUUGAUCCCAAGCAGCUGGCUGCAGAGCUCCAAAAGGUUUCUCUACAGCAGUCGCCUCUGGUUGCUUCCUCAGGAGUGGAAAAGGGAUCUCAUGUCCACUCUGGAACCACUUCUGCCACCUCCAGUGCUGUUCCUAGCCCUGGUCAGCCUGGUUCUCCCUCAGUGAGCAAAAAGCGCCACAGCAGCAAGCCCACAGAAACUACAAAAUCUGCUUCUCAUCCAAUCACUGGAGAAAUUCAGCUUCAAAUCAACUAUGACAAGCACCUCGGCAACCUUAUCAUCCACAUCCUUCAGGCGAGAAACCUUGCUCCAAGAGACAACAAUGGCUAUUCGGACCCCUUUGUUAAAGUUUAUCUUCUUCCAGGGAGAGGACAAGUCAUGGUUGUCCAAAAUGCCAGUGCUGAGUACAAGCGGAGAACUAAGUACGUUCAGAAGAGCCUGAAUCCUGAGUGGAAUCAGACAGUCAUUUAUAAAAAUAUUUCCACAGAGCAGCUGAAAAAGAAAACACUGGAAGUGACUGUCUGGGAUUAUGAUAGAUUCUCCUCAAACGACUUCCUUGGUGAAGUGUUGAUCGAGUUAUCCAGUGUUUCUCAGCUUGACAACACUCCCCGGUGGUAUCCUCUUAAAGAACAGAGUGAAAACAUUGAUCAUGGGAAAUCUCAUUCUGGACAGAGUAGCCAGCAAUCUCCAAAACCAUCUGUCAUCAAGAGCAGAAGUCACGGAAUCUUCCCGGACCCCUCCAAGGACAUGCAGGUGCCCACCAUUGAGAAAUCCCACAGCAGCCCAGGGAGCUCCAAAUCCUCCUCUGAAGGACAUCUCCGCUCUCACGGUCCAUCCCGCAGCCAAAGCAAAACCAGCGUCACUCAAACUCACCUCGAAGACGCUGGGGCAGCCAUCGCUGCUGCCGAAGCAGCUGUCCAGCAGCUCCGCCUUCAACCAACAGCACAUAAAAGCGGUCAGUCUAAUCAUGCCAGGAAGCAGCACAGACACAGCAUAGCAGGAGUCCUCCCUAUUCAAAGAACUCAGUCUGACAAUCUGCCUCCACCAGCCAAUGACAACAAAGACCAAAGCCAACUAGCCCUCAGGAAAGUGAUGUCUGAUGGACCACUCAAGCCUGAAGGAGCAAGGUCUACUAACCACCGACCUGCAGAAAGUUCUGUCUCCACUGGCUCAUCAGCCAGUAGUUUUGGCAGUGGAUACAGCAUGGAUAGCGAAGGCAGCAGCAGUACCACAGGAGAGAAUAAUCUAUUUCCCAUCCCGAGAAUAGGGAAGAUGAACCAGAAUGGACAAGAACCAGUAAAGCAGUCAGGAGUAGGAUUAGCCGACUCAGAAGGUAAAACACAGGUUAUGGGUGAAAUCAAGAUUGCAUUAAAGAAGGAAAUGAAGACAGAUGGAGAACAGCUGAUAGUAGAAAUCCUUCAGUGCAGAAAUAUCACAUACAAAUUUAAAUCUCCAGAUCAUCUACCAGACCUGUAUGUGAAGCUGUACGUUGUCAAUAUCUCUACCCAAAAGAGAGUAAUUAAGAAGAAAACCAGGGUGUGCAGGCAUGACCGAGAGCCUUCGUUCAAUGAAACGUUUAGAUUUAGUUUGAGUCCUGCUGGGCAUUCUCUUCAGAUUCUGCUUGUCUCCAAUGGAGGGAAGUUUAUGAAAAAGACACUGAUUGGGGAAGCUUAUAUCUGGCUUGACAAAGUGGAUCUAAGGAAAAGAAUAGUAAACUGGCACAAACUGUUGGUCAGCUCCACACAAACACACUGAGCAGAGCUGUCUGCUUAGGGCACAAAACCUGCAGAGUCUGCUCUAAACAGCAUCACUCCAAGACUAUAGUUUGAUAUCAUUGUGUUUAGCUAGUCUUUCAGAAUACAAAGUAGAAAAGAGCAGUCUCUGGGCUACAUAGCACACUUCAAUGAGGGCUAGUACGCUUGUUUUUGCUGCAAAAGACAGCAAAAGGAAAAGAAAACCUGGGCCCAAAAGUUAAAGUGAGUCUGUUUGAAAUGAAGACUGAUACGAGGGCUCCGUGUUGUUGGACUCUUUGUGAAGAGAGUAACUGUGAAGGAAAUGACGAAGGCUGGAGGCAGGUGUUAACGUGGAGUUCGGCUGCAGCUGGAGGCAGUGUGAUGGAAAGUGCAGUCUGGUUUUCUGUGCAACCAGAAGGAGACCAUUUUAUGCAAAAGCACCUAGGGUGACUGACUUUCCAAAUCCCACUUAUCAAAAGUGCAAAACUUGCUCCUCUGCACCUUAGGAUCUCUGAUAAUUUGCUAUAGUGAGAUUAUGCCACUUGACACAAACUGCAAGGCGUUUGCAAGAGUGGUAAUGUUACUUUACAUUACUUUUUUCCUUCUUUUUCUUUCAAAAACUAUGCUGUGGAGAAUCAGAUCUGAUUGUUUUAUUUGUUUCUGUGUGUUUACAAUGGCUAUAAACCACUCUUCUAGAAUGUUAUGAAUUAAAAUAUAUAACGGUCUAUAAUUUGGGAUGUGAUUUUAAAGAGAAAGGACAGGAUAUAAACCACACUACAUCAGAAAGCAAAAAUGCUGUUUCAAUGUCAGUGACGCUGUACUUCACCCCACCCUUUGAAUCAGGAGGUCUAAAACAGUUUGAAUUGAAGAAACUUAAACACUGGGACUAACACAAUUAUUUCAACUAGUCCAUUUUUCAGCAAGCAGUCUUUUUUCUGAAACUAUAUGCAGAUGAUGAAUUUUAUAGCUACUUAGUGGGCACUUUGGCACAGUAGACCCACUGUGACAACACCAACCCACUCAAUGCAGGGCUCUGUAUCAACACUAGUGACACUCUAGAAAGAGGAAGGGACAGCAGGGCAGUUCCUGACUGUUACAUUAGAGAAGAUGAAUAUCCUCUUGCUAUCUCAGGUGAAUGUCUGAGUAUAAUCCACUCAAAAGCAUGGCUUCUCAGGAAAGAAGCAAAUAGGAAGGUAACUUGCAAGAUUUAAGGCUGUGUCAGCACUUUGUUGCUCUAAAGUUCCACUUUCAGGAAUUUGAAGUUGAGCAGUUAGCUCACUUGGGAAGAAGCUACUGCCUAGGUAUGGCUUAGGCUGGUUGUUGUAUUUUCCCUUGUAACAUAUUUGAAGAGGGGAGAGAUUUUUCUCCCCUUCCCAAAAGUAUUGCAGUUUCAUUAAAACCCAAGAGUCAUGGUAGUAAUUCCCAUGUUACUCAGAAGUCGUUCAAUAUUUCACAGCUUCAUUAAAAAGUUUCCCUGGAAAUGUGAUCACAUGACCUUUGCAAACUUAAAAAGAAAAUGACCAAAUUUCUGCAUGCCUGACAUAUAUUUUUCUUGCCCAAUAAGAGCCUUUCACAAAUCAUUUAAUGUACAUUGUCUUAUAUUUCUUGAAUAUAUGUAGUACACUUCCAAGACUACCAGUGCAAGACCAGCUGAAAAUAUUCUUCUGGAAAAUAUUAUAUGCUUUAAAAAAAAAAAUAAUAAUGCUUAGAUUAUUCAGCAACUGGAAUGACCAUGGAAAAGCUAUACCAUUUAAUCUGGUGACACUUCUCACAUAUAGUUUUUGGUUUAUCUUAACUUAAAAUAACAGCAUGGCACAGGAAUAUGAGAAGAAACACGCAGAAGACAUUAAUGCUACACACACCAAGAAAACUCCUGUUAUUGGUAACCUGCUGGUCGCCUGCUUAACUUGCAAGCAGAGCAAUCUUUCCAAAAUCUUGUUAGCUAUCUCAAAAACACAACAUCACUGACAGUGGAAGUAGAAUGUGUGCUUUAAUGUUGAAUUUUAUGCUUUCACCAGUGUAUGUAUACCCUACCUCUCACAUAUUUUAAAAGCAGUCUGUUGGAGUUAUUGUAAAAAUUCUAUAUGUUUUGAUGUUGUGUAUGUUUUUAUAAGACAAUACUUCAA